AUCUAUUAAUGCAACAAUCGAAUUAGUUAAUUAUUACAGUAGCAACUAUCUUAGAUGAAAUAAUAAAAGAGACAGAUGCUUUAGAAAUUGAGUAAGAGUCACAAUCCUAUUUCCAUGCUAACAAAGCACCUUCAAUAUCAAUUCAUAAUUACUUAUAAAGAAUUUCAAAAUAUACUCAUUGUAGUGAAUAAUGCUUUGUUAUUGCAUUAAUUUACUUAGAUAGGUUAUAAGAAAAACACCCAUAUUUAGUACUCAAUUCUAAAUGUAUACAUAGGUAAAUUAAUUUAAAUAUUGAAGAUUCCUUUUGUUAGCUAUUGUAAUGGCUAUAAAAUAUCAGGAUGAUGAUUAUUAUAAGAAUGAAUAUUAUGCAAAAGUAGGAGGGAUAAGUGUUAAAGAGAUAUUUGUUCUUGAAUAAGAAUUCUUAGAGUUAAUGGACCAUUAAUUGUUUAUUGAUGAACAAUAUUAUUUUCUUUAUGAAAAGAAAUUGCUUGAAUAUGAAGAGAUUGAAAUGCCUUGA